GACUCGCCAACUUACGAGCGAAAACCCAUACAAAAGUUUGAAUAAAGGAGUAUUAGGUUGUUUUCUUUUCACGGAGUUAGCUUAUCUCGCUACAGGAAUUGUAAUGAUAGAUCUUAGUUCCUCAUGGCUUCUUGAUCAUGGAGACAAACUACGCGAUAUAGUCUUAUCGCAAGGUUUACUUAUAGGUGGAGUAGCUGUUGGCGCCCUAAUAAUAACGUCAUUUUUAAUUGGAACGAUUGGAUUCUUUACACCUUUUAAACGCGACGGUUGGUUGAUAGCACACUGUAUAUCUAUAGUCAUAACUGCAAUUCCUCUUUUGGCUAUGGGUGCUAAAAUUUGGUUUAAAACUCUGGAUACCCGGCGAUUUGUUACAGGCGUAUGGAGAGGGUGGAAUAACAAUACUAGAGCAAUAUUCGAAAAUCAGGCACGCAUGCUUUUAUAA